GAGGAAGGGUGAGGUUUAACUUUUACUUGACAUUACCGGGUUAUUGUCAGUUCCCCCGUGUUAAACCCCGGUGGUUUCCCCUCGCCCCCGCCCCCUCCCCGGGCUCAGCUCCCUCCACUUAACUUUGUUCAAAGGGCUGGAGCCAGAAGGGCUUGUCCGGGCCUGGGACAUAGAUAGCGUAAAGUAAAUAACCGCCACAAUUAGACUGGGGCCGGGAGUUGAUCUUCGUGGCGAGAGAUCUGCUUAGUUAGCGUUUGCCGUUUCGGGGCGAUUGAAGGCCAUCGUACCAAGGACAGGCGCGCACACGCACACAGACACACUCACUCUUACACACACAUACACACACACACACACAUACACGCUGGAUACAAAAGUCUGGAGGAUCUAGGGGAGAAUUGCAGCCGCCGGAUCGGUGCAGCAGCGGCGGCCAGAGCCAUGCGUGUCACGGCCUCCUGAGGGGGGGAAAGGAAGGAAGGAAGGAAGAAAGGACAAAAAAAAGGAAAGCAAGAAAGAAAGAAAAAAAAGAAAAGAGAGAGAAAGGAAAGCACAAGAAAGACGCGGGGUGGUGGAAAGUGUUUGCCUGCUUUUGUCUCGCAAUACAGUGAACUGGAAGAUGGAGAUGGAUGUUAAGGGAGUUUCUCCGUGCCCGGAGCCCAUCCCCCCGGCGGCGGGGUCUGGCGGCUGCCCGCACCAGCGCCCGCACCACCGCGAUGGGCAGCCCGCGGAGCCGGCCCCCGCCGCCGACAGCGGCCACCCGGAGCGGAGGCACGGCAGCGAGAAAGAGGACAAAAAGAGAUCUGCAGCCAACAAGACUUCUGGUGCUCCUUCCUACAGCAGAUGGUCCAGUUCACAGCCCCAUCAGUCCAGCUCCACAGUGAGAACAUACCAAAGCAGUAAAUCGAGAGUGACCAUGAGCCCUGGCUUUAGCUCCCAGUGGAAUAGCAGCCAACCUGCCUGGAAUACAUACACCUUUCCAAGAGCAAGCUUGCACUACCAGUCCCAUGCUAGCUACACCUACUGUACUGGACAUCCUGCUUCCUAUGCACCAGCUCCCCACCCCAUGGCUCCUCCCAGCCCCAGCACAAACAGCAGCAACAACAGCAGCAACAACAGCAGCGGAGAGCAGUUGAGUAAAACCAACCUGUACAUUCGAGGCCUUCCACCCGGCACCACCGACCAGGACCUUAUCAAGCUGUGCCAGCCGUAUGGGAAAAUUGUAUCCACAAAGGCAAUUCUUGACAAAAACACAAAUCAGUGCAAAGGUUACGGUUUUGUAGAUUUUGACAGUCCGGCAGCAGCACAGAAAGCGGUAGCAUCUCUCAAAGCAAAUGGCGUGCAGGCGCAGAUGGCAAAGCAACAAGAGCAAGAUCCCACAAACCUAUACAUCUCAAAUUUACCUGUUUCCAUGGAUGAGCAGGAACUGGAGAAUAUGCUGAAACCCUUUGGACAUGUCAUUUCCACCAGAAUAUUAAGAGAUGCUAAUGGAGUCAGCAGAGGAGUCGGCUUUGCCAGAAUGGAGUCUACAGAAAAAUGUGAAGUAGUAAUCCAGCAUUUUAAUGGCAAAUAUCUGAAAACCCCACCCGGUCUACCAGCCCCCACUGAGCCUUUGCUGUGCAAAUUUGCUGAUGGAGGGCAAAAGAAGCGCCAGAAUCAAAGCAAAUACACACAGAAUGGAAGGCCGUGGCCCAGAGAAGGAGAGGCUGGCAUGGCUUUGACUUAUGAUCCAACAGCUGCUAUACAGAACGGAUUUUAUUCCUCACCGUACAGUAUUCCAACAAACCGCAUGAUUCCACAGACAUCAAUCACACCAUUCAUUGCUGCUUCCCCUGUCUCUACAUAUCAGGUCCAGAGUACUUCAUGGAUGCCUCAUCCGCCAUAUGUUAUGCAACCAACAGGUGCUGUGAUAACACCAACAAUGGACCACACUAUGUCAAUGCAGCCAGCAAGCAUGAUGGGCCCUCUGACCCAACAGAUGAACCACCUUUCCUUGGGCACAACAGGAACGUACAUGACUGCUGCUGCACCUAUGCAAGGGACCUACAUUCCCCAGUACACUCCUGUGCCUCCAACAGCUGUCCCUAUUGAAGGUGUUGUUGCUGAUACUUCUCCACAGACAGUAGCAUCUUCAUCACAGGAAGCCAGUGGUCAACAGCAACAGAUGACAGUGGAAACAUCCAGUGAACAUGCGCCUGCAUAUUCUUACCAACAGUCUAAACAAUAAACAGGACUGAAGAAUGUCGGUCUGAAAUCUUUGCCUUGAAUGGAGAAACUUCACUGAACAAGAAGUUGGCUUCCAGUUUGCACAGGCGUCAAAUGAAUGCUUUUUUUUUUCUACCUUUCCCAACGAAAACAAAACAGUGUUUUUAUGUGCUGUGCAAAUGGUUCCGUCAUGUAGUCUGACAAUUUUAUUUUUGCUAUUUUUUUUUUCAACUAAAGGAAAAACCCAGAGGAAAAACACUGGGUUGACAUUUCAUCUGGAGGAACAUUCGAAUUCAGAAUUUUCCUGGAGGUGUAGCUAGGUUAUUUGUUCUUUUGUUUGUUUGUUUUUUUAACAGAAAAACUGAUGAUGUCAAGAGGGAGCAAGUUGAGACGAAAACCAAUUGUCUUCCUCAAAAAUUAAGCUACUUCUUUUCUCUCAUUUUAUUUUUCUUCUUGUUUUAAAUCUAGAGUGGUUUUUUGGUUUUUUGUUUUUUGAGGUUUUUUUUAAAAGAAAUGUUUAGGUAAGGUUUAUCUUGAAUCUUAAUUGCCUUAAUUUUAAGGACGUCAAAGGCUCUCAAGGCAAGCUGUCAACGUCUUGUUAGAAAACCCGAGAAUGAAUUGAAACUGCUCACACCGGUGCUGGUGCAGAAGUUUAAUAGACUGAGUUUUUGGGGUGAACAAAAAAUAAACUGUACAGUUUAAAAGAAAAUGAUUUUCUUCUUUUGAAGAAAAGUUGAUGAUAAAGGAACUGUGGCAACUGAAAGGAUUGGAAAAAUGCUGGGACUUUUAUGAACUUUGUCUUAAGUGUUGACAGAAAAAAUUCUAGAAGGCUAAAGCAUUUUACAGUAAAGUUAUUGAAUUGAGAAAAAAACUUGCUGCAUUAUAGAGAAUGCAGGGUUUUUUUCUUGCAGAAUGCAGAUUUUUUUAUUUACAAAGCGUGAUCGCUAGCAAAAGCAUUAGUGCUUUUUAUCUGCAGUCUUUUUUAUGAGCUUUAAGAAGUUUUUAGUCUGCUUUGCUUGUCACAUUGCAAAAACCUAGCUUAAGAGCAUUAAAAAAAACUUAAGUAGAUAGGAGCUUAUGGUCAAAAAAGUGCAAAAAAAGCAAUAGAUAGAAGAAAUUGUUGACAAUUUCUGUAGUCUUUCCUAGUUGUGAACAAAUGCAGCCUAUGGAUGGCCUAUUUUAUACCAAAGAUGAAGUGACACCCUAACGCAGUCCAGAAGAUAGAGGUUUUUUUCUUUUUUUUAUCUUUAUUUGACCUACAUGGCCGGACCAGUUCUUACUUUCUUGUUUGUUUAAACUAUCUUCCACUGGUGUUUUACAUACUGCAUAUGUUUAUAGUGGAAAUUUCAGAAGAGUUGGUAUUAGAAGCUUGUUGAUGGUGAGCUUUGGAGAACACCCCAAAGCAAGGGGGAGUGGGUUACCAACUAAUCUGUCCAGGUGGGCUUUAAUUUUGAGGAGUUUUUCUGUUAAAUUGCCUGAUCUUUGGUAUUUCUACUGAAACAACAGUCUUCCUUCUGAAUCCCGACGUACCGCAGAUUCAUUUCUUCACCUCAGUCUUUGUCAUCGUCCAGCAUGGAGCCACCUUAAUUCUGCGAUUGUUUUUCAGCGAUGCGUUUGAAUUGCCAGAUAGAUGCAGAAGAAAGCAAACUUGAGCUUUGUUCUCGUUUUAGCUCUCCCAUGCAAGCAGAAAUGUUGAAAAUGACUUAGUAUUGUCAUGCAGGCAGGAAGUUAAAAAUUAUUCUUCUCUGCUAUGGUUUUUGUUGUCUUAAUAUGUUGGCUGACAAUCACUAAUUAGUAUGAUUGGGCAAAAGAAGACACUUGCUUACUUGAACCCACUGAAACCUGUUUUAGGAAUGGCACUUCUUUACCAUAGACAAAUCUUGAUUAUGGCCCUGACUUUUUUUCCAAACAAACAAAAAGGUGAGAAUCGAGUCAAAUGCUGAUUUUUUUUUCCUUAAGGAGGCAGAAGAGAAGCAGCUUUUGAAUAUAUACAUACAUACACACACAUAUCUCUAGAUGUAAAAAUUAAACCAAACAUUUUGAAACUUUCCUCCAUCCAGAAGACAGGGGAAGCUUGAUCACAUUUAUUGUGGUGCAUUAGAGACAGGGUAUCCAUUAAAAAGAUUGAGAUUUAAACAUAUAUAUUGGAUCGAUCUGAUUCAGCUGCCCAAUUCUAAAAAGAGUUCUGUAUUUCCCUAACCUGACUUCUAUGGGGAAAAGAACACAAUUAUUUUUUUAAAUUGAUAAAGCAAGAUCGUAUUUUUUAACGUAGUGUGGGGGGAGGGGAUUUCCCAAGUAAAUGGCUGCUAGAUAUGCAACAUAGAAAAGAGAGAAAUGGGAGUUCAUGUGGUUCUUCACCAGAGGAAGAGGGCUUGAUUUUCAGAAGUGGUAAAACUUCUGCUUUCUCCAGAAUUGUUGUUGAUGUUCAGUGCUUCUGAAAACCAGGUGAUGCCAAAGUAAAAGAACAACAACACCCACAACGUGUUUUCAAUUCAGAAAAAAAAAAAAAAAAGCAAAAAACAGAAAAAAACCCCAAAUUUUUGGUUUCACAUGCUUUCUCAUUACUUGUUGCUUUUUGAGAGUGGCACUUGAAUUUUGUCCUUGGAUGAAGGUUCCCUCUUUCUUUGGAGGGCAUAGGAGGGGAAAAAAAAUCGAUCUAGCCUUAUUUUCUUCCUUUCUACACGUAGUCUCUCUCUGUCUCUCUCUGAAUUCUUUGUACAAGUAGAGAUAACCCCAGGCACAAGUCAGUUAAAUAUGAAAUAAACACAUUUGUUUUUGUGCUAGCUCUAAUGUGACACACAAAAAGUCUCAUUUAUUAUCAACAAUGAGGCUACAAGGUAGCUACCAUGUGGCUGAUGAAUAUGCUGAGGUACCUUCUUGUUUCUAUUCAGAACUCUGCUGCUUUAUUUAUACAUUCAGAAACAUUUUCUUAUGUUUUUCAGCAAAGAAAGUUAAACAAUCUCAGUGUUUUUUAUUAAGCCAGAUGGGCAACACGAUAUCACGAUGCCUGUCACUUUGAAGUGUUUCAAGUGCAUUCUGUGUUAGACUUGUUCCCUUUUGUUUCCAUGCUAUAAUGUUUAAUAGUGUUUGAGAUCAAAAGAAACAAAGCAAAGAAGUAGAGGAAGAAGAAGAGGAAAGAAUAUGGAUCCCCUAAAUAAAACCGAUCAUCUUACUGAUCUCCCCAAAAACAGUGAACUGGUACUUGAAAUAAGCCUUGAAUAUAAACAGUCAUAGAUCAUAAGGUAAGAAAAAAACUUACUUGGAACGUACACAAUGCUUAGAAAGUGGUAACUAAUUUGUAAAAGUUAAAGAUGAGAUAAAAGAGAACAGUGGAAGAGCAACACACUUGCUGCAUGGGUGUUGUCAUAGCACAGGAAUACUUUGUGGCCUCUGAAAUCUAAAACUGGUUUCGAUUAUGUUCUGGCUAAUGAGAUCUUUUGGAAAUUUAUUAUUGUUAUCUGUUUGAGUGUCUGUUUUCCUUUUUUUUUUCUUUUUUUGAAGACCUGAAUUUGUAAAGUCAUUAUCUAUGUCUGUCUUACCAAUUUAGCUUUAAAUAUCAGGAGAGUUCCUGAAAGGUUGCAGAAACAACUUUAGAAGUCUAAGGCAAUGGUGCCUGGCCCAGAGGUCUAGAAGUAACAUCAGAUCCAUAAGCUGAACUGCGUAUGUACUUUCCAUCACACCUAAAUACUUGUAAAUAGUCGAAUCUGGAUGUUCAGGUUUGGUAUUUUUGUUUUUACCUUAAAGAUAAAUUCAGAAUGGGUGUCAGAAAAAAAAAGUUAUGGCUAGAAAAUUCUGAAUACCUGGGCUCAUCACUUAACAUUGAGAAAAUAAAUGGAUACAGCGGAACUGAAGAGAGUAUUGUAUUUGCAGGUGCUGACCUGAGCGUAGAUCAGGGCACUGAAAAGUCUCACUUCCCAGUGAGAUUGUUGAGGGACUCUUCUUCCUAUCUGGCUCUACUGCUGGUUUUGUAAGCACUUUUCACCUGUGACAGUCAGGCCUCAAAUUGUGAAUGUCCUCUUAUUGCCUUCCAGUGAAACAGACUCUUGAAAUGUCCUUAGCUUGUGCUUACUUGUAUAGUUCUGUUUACCAAGAGACUGCCUUGGAUGUGUUGAUCAAGAAAUCCACGUUAAUGCAGAAUGAGGCAUAUUUGGGAGCAAUUGCAUCACAUUGUAUCAUCUUCUGCUAUGGAUGCAUGCCCAGCUGUGGAAGAUAAAGGCUGGUGAUUAGAGAAGUGAGGGCUUAAGCUUUCAAUGGGCAAUGGGCUGAAGCAUUUGAAUGGAUUUUUACUCAAGUAAAAGUCAAACGAAGGGUAUUAUUUAUGUAUGUAUGUGUACCAAAACUCAGCAAAUUUGAGGAAGCCUGCAUUGUAAUAAAGUUUAUUUUUAAUAUGUCAUAGUAUUUGGAUCUAUAUUAUGUUGUGUAUGGUACUGAAGGACAAGACUGAUACUAAGUGUUUAACAAAUUGCCAUGCUUCAUGAUUUAAAACUCGAUGGUGCUCUUUGUGCCACCUGACUUUAAUGCUGAGGUUGACAUGAGGAAAACAGGUUUAGGCAGACUCGCUGAGCUCCACCUAUAGCAAGAGUCAUGCUAAAGAGUGAUAAUGUGCUUAGAGUAAUGAAUCAAUCCACUUUUAGUGAUGAGACCAAAUGUGGUAGUUGAAGAUAGUGAUGUUUGAUACACGCACGGUCAACAUUUCCUUUCAAAACUUUAUUUAACAUGAAAUUGGUCCGGAUGUAAAAGAAGUGCCCUAGGGUAAGGGAUUUUCCUGGUCUUUCUCAGUAGCCAACGUGAACUAAGGAAAUGGUCACGGUGUGAUGGAAAUGCGAAACAGAAAACAACAAAAACGCUGACAUUUGGUGUAUUGGUCUUUUCUGUUUAAUGGCGAUUGACUCUGGUAACGAUGAUUCCUUUCAGUUCUCAUACACACAUACAAUCGUGCACGCACACUUUCUCAGAAGGAGGGCUGAGUGAGCAGCAGGCUUCUCUCUCAGUGGAGCAGAUUCUUAGAAUCUCACCAAGCAGCAGCAGUGUAAGGAGAGUUAUUUUCCCCUCAAAAAGAGCAGCAACUUUUUCUAUAUCGCUCCUGUCACCACAUAGGCUAGAGCGCUGUAUGUACCCCAGAGAUUUAUUCACCUUUGUGCCUCAAAGCAGGCAGAAGAGACCCUUUCUUCUCCCCUUUAUUAACGUGCUUUUUGUUAACAUGAAACAAAAAAUUAUGAGAGAAAAGCUGUUUAAAAAAAAAAAAGUAAUCCCAGUCUUGGUUUAGCUUUCUAUGAUGAGAAAAAUUCUUGUGUUUAUUUCAGUUGUUAAUUCUGCAACAGUGACAGCUGAAUUCUUUCGUCUUAAUCAAAAUGUGUAAUGAAGUGAAAAAUGUCAGCCUUUGAUAGGUUCACACAGGCAUUUUUCCUUGUAGGGCCAAAGCCUGCAAGGUGUAAGCACCUUCCAAGAUCUGGAUCUGUUGUCCUUAAGAGAGUAUCUGCCCAACAUUAAUUUUCUGCCUUUAAGUGUCUUUCUAUUGGAUAGUAAUUUUAUUAAUUUGGUGAAAUUUACAAUCCGUUAUAUUUUUAAAAGCCCAAAAAUACAGCCUAGAGAAGAGAACAUGAGGUUUAUGUAACUGAAGUAUUAUUAAAUAUGCUGUAUUCCAGAGUGGAAGAAAAUUCUACUAUCUUUUGGAGCCAAAUUUUAUGUAAAACCAGGAAGCUUACAGAAUUCAUAUAGGAAUUUUUAAUUGAUUUCCUUUUUAAAGGAGAAUGAACAGAUUCUGUCUGGAAGAAAAAUCAAAAGAGCUUUGAAAGCAGACAAAUUUACUAUCAAGAAAACAUGCAUCACCAGAAUGGGACAGAGGUUCUUUAAAGCCCUUACAGACCUCACUGUAGCCAAAAUGUAGAAUACAGAACCUCUGUGAUACAUUAAAUUAUGAAUCUUAUUUAUAAGAGCAUCUGUGUGCUGAUGUCUCAGAAUGUCUUUGAAAGAUCUGUACUGCUAUGAUUUUUUUUUUUUAUGUUUUCCAUUUGUACCACAAUCCUAAUAGCUGCCAUUUUCCCACUCCUGGGGCUUUCUGUAGAUCAGUGGAUGUUAGGUUUAAACUUCUGUUUUCUUUGAUGAAGCUUUCAAUAAAAAAAAUAAAGAAAGAAAA